AUGUCAGACUUAGGCGAGUCGCCGAGUUCUUCACCACCAGCACCACCAGCUGAUACCGCUCCUCCACCAGAGACUCCAUCAGAAAACUCAGCUCUUCCACCUGUUGAUUCCUCUCCUCCUAGUCCACCAGCUGAUUCAUCAUCAACACCGCCGCUGUCAGAACCAUCCACUCCUCCUCCAGAUUCACAGCUUCCUCCUUUACCUUCGAUUCUUCCUCCGCUAACAGAUUCUCCACCUCCACCUUCCGAUUCUUCUCCACCCGUUGAUUCAACCCCUUCUCCGCCGCCACCGACGUCAAACGAAUCUCCUUCUCCUCCAGAAGAUUCCGAAACACCACCUGCUCCACCAAAUGAAUCCAAUGACAACAACCCUCCUCCGUCUCAAGAUCUUCAAUCGCCUCCUCCAUCGUCGCCGUCGCCGAAUGUAGGACCCACAAACCCGGAAUCACCACCGUUACAAUCUCCUCCAGCUCCACCAGCAUCAGAUCCUACAAAUUCACCGCCAGCUUCACCAUUAGACCCUACCAAUCCUCCCCCAAUACAACCAUCAGGACCAGCCACUUCUCCUCCGGCUAAUCCCAACGCUCCGCCGAGCCCAUUCCCCACAGUACCACCCAAAACUCCUUCUAGUGGACCUGUGGUGUCUCCAUCUCUCACAUCCCCUAGUAAAGGAACUCCUACUCCAAACCAAGGCAAUGGAGAUGGCGGUGGCGGUGGUGGCGGCUAUCAAGGGAAGACUAUGGUUGGUAUGGCUGUAGCCGGUUUCGCAAUCAUGGCGCUUAUAGGCGUUGUGUUCUUAGUGAGAAGAAAGAAAAAGAGAAACAUUGAUAGCUAUAAUCACUCACAGUACUUGCCACAUCCCAAUUUCUCUGUUAAAUCAGAUGGAUUCUUAUACGGUCAAGAUCCAGGUAAAGGAUACUCCUCUGGUCCUAAUGGUUCAAUGUAUAACAAUUCACAGCAACAACAAUCCUCUAUGGGAAACAGUUAUGGUACAGCUGGUGGUGGUUAUCCUCAUCAUCAAAUGCAAUCAAGUGGCACACCUGACUCUGCUAUACUCGGAAGUGGCCAGACUCAUUUCAGUUACGAAGAGCUUGCUGAGAUAACACAAGGCUUUGCUCGCAAAAACAUUCUUGGAGAAGGCGGAUUUGGAUGUGUCUAUAAAGGUACAUUGCAGGAUGGUAAAGUUGUUGCGGUUAAGCAGCUUAAAGCUGGAAGUGGACAAGGUGACCGUGAAUUCAAAGCAGAGGUUGAGAUCAUCAGCCGCGUUCAUCAUCGCCAUUUGGUCUCUCUGGUUGGUUACUGCAUUUCAGACCAGCAUAGAUUGCUUAUCUAUGAGUAUGUUUCUAAUCAAACCUUGGAGCAUCAUUUGCAUGGAAAGGGUUUGCCAGUUUUAGAGUGGUCUAAGAGAGUCCGGAUCGCUAUAGGAUCAGCCAAAGGGUUGGCAUAUCUUCACGAAGACUGUCAUCCGAAAAUCAUUCACAGAGAUAUAAAGUCAGCAAAUAUUCUUCUAGAUGAUGAAUAUGAAGCUCAGGUUGCUGAUUUUGGACUUGCUAGACUCAAUGAUACAACACAAACUCAUGUUUCAACUCGGGUUAUGGGAACCUUCGGGUACCUAGCGCCGGAAUAUGCAUCAAGUGGAAAAUUGACUGAUAGAUCCGAUGUAUUCUCAUUCGGGGUUGUUCUCUUAGAGCUUGUAACUGGACGGAAACCAGUUGACCAGACUCAGCCUCUAGGAGAAGAGAGUUUGGUUGAAUGGGCGCGCCCGCUGCUUCUCAAAGCCAUUGAGACCGGAGAUUUAAGCGAACUGAUUGAUACACGGCUUGAAAAGCGUUAUGUGGAGCAUGAAGUCUUCAGAAUGAUCGAGACAGCCGCUGCAUGUGUUAGACAUUCUGGUCCAAAACGCCCACGCAUGGUUCAGGUUGUGAGAGCAUUGGACUGCGACGGAGACUCGGGAGAUAUUAGCAACGGAAUCAAAAUUGGGCAAAGCACAACUUAUGACUCAGGGCAAUACAAUGAAGACAUUAUGAAAUUCAGGAAAAUGGCGUUUGGUGGUGAUAACAGCGUAGAGUCAGGAUUGUACAGUGGAAACUACUCUGCCAAAAGCUCUUCAGAUUUCUCAGGGAAUGAAUCUGAGACUCGGCCUUUCAACAACCGACGGUUCUGAUCAUACAAUAGGUGAAAGUAACAGAUACCUCUGCCUCCUCGUUCUAAAGCCAUUCUUUUCGUAUAUUACAUUUAUUGGUAGGUGCCUUUAGUUUUUGCCCUCUAAUGGCGAAGUU